AUGGUUGCCCCGGCAGCUGGAGGAUUGUUGCUCUUCAAACUCUGGGUGGCGAAGAAAGUAGCCGUGUUAGCCGCGAUACGCGCGUUCGGAAUCAAACGAGUCUAUCGACGGAGCGUGAAGUUUCUGGAUUAUUUCGUCACGCACGAGAAAACGCACGCAAAGUUGAAGAGCAUCGUGCACAAAACAGCGCACACGACCAUGCAGUUUGAGGACGCGUUAGCGAAGAAGGCAAGGGAGAUGAUGGAUAACAUCGUUAGGACUGGGAGUAGUAGUGGUAUUAAUAGUCGGACUCCUCCUCCUCCUCCACCUCCUUCCUAA